CCACUUUUAAAGGCAAAAGGACAGCAGAACAGUGGCGACAAAAACUACCGUCACGCUGUUGUCGACAACGUAGCCAUGAAGAAAGUCGACCAAAUCCCUCAAAUGUCUUCGAUUCUCAUCAUCUUCGUUCUCUACUACUCUCUUCUCUUUCUCUCUCAUCUCCAAACAACCCUUAAUCUUGCUUGAUCCGGUUGAAAUUAGCUUCGGAUUCUUCUCCUUUUUCUUAAUCGGUCGAAAUACCCAGCUAGGGAUUUCGUUUUCUUGACUUUGUUUAGCUUGGUUGAAUAGUUUUUCUGGGAGUUUUCUGAUGUUUCAGGACGAGGGAUCGUCGUCGUCGAUUACGUCAUCGUCGCCGCUGCAAGGUUUGGCGGCGGCGGCGGCGGCGGCGGCAGUUUCGCCUGGAUCGCCGUACCCGUGGCUGAAGGAGCUGAAAUCGGAGGAGAGGGGUCUGUACUUGAUCCAUCUCUUGCUAACCUGCGCCGGCCACGUGGCCGGCGGCAGCCUGGAGAACUCCAACGUAGCCCUCGACCAGAUUUCCCACCUGGCCGCGCCCGACGGCGACACCAUGCAGCGCAUCGCCUGCUACUUCGCUCAGGCCCUCGCCGACAGGGUGGUCCGAACUCUGCCCGGCGUUUACCGGGCCCUCCGUUGCACCAAGCUGGCGUCGCCGGCCGAUGAUUUCCUUGCACGCAAGGUGUUUGUCGAAAUGUUCCCGUUCUCGAAAGUGGCUUUCCUGGUGGCCAACCAGGCUAUAAUCGAGGCCAUGGAGGGCGAGAAAAUGGUGCACAUAAUCGAUUUGAACGCCGCCGACCCAACCCAGUGGCGCGCGCUGCUUCAAGACCUCAGUGCCCGGCCGGAAGGCCCGCCGCACCUCCGCAUAACCGGCGUGCAUCCCGUGAAGGAGGUGAUGGAGCAAAUGGGUCGGGUUUUAUCCGAGGAGGCAGAGAAAUUGGAUAUCCCUUUCCAGUUCAACGCCAUUGUCAGCAAACUCGAAAGCUUAGAUUUGGAGAAACUCCGGGUCAAAACAGGGGAAGCUCUGGCAAUUUCAUCUCCAAUGCAACUCCACACUCUUCUAGCCUACGACGACGACAAGAAACCAUCACCAUUGGCAUCCAAGAUCCCAAACAGGUUCCAAAUUACCCAAAACUCAUUGGGAGAUUUUAUCGAACAGGAUGUGGGCAAUGGCUACAGCCCAAGCAACGACUCCGCAUCUUCAUACCUAUCAACUUCACCCAAGAUCGAAGCUUUCCUCAGUGCCCUCUGGGGCUUAUCCCCUAAACUAAUGAUAAUCACAGAACAAGACAGCAACCACAACGGCCACACCGUCAUGGAGAGACUCUCAGAAUCCUUAUACUUCUACGCAGCAUUGUUCGACUGCCUCGAAUCCACCCUCCCACGAUCCUCACCGGAGCGGUUGAAGGUGGAGAAGGCGCUUCUGGGCGAAGAGAUCAAGAACAUCAUCGCGUGUGAGGGCACCGAGAGGAAGGAGAGGCACGAAAAGCUGGAGAAAUGGUUCAAGAGAUUCGAGUCUUCUGGGUUUAGCAACGUCCCUUUCAGCUACUACGCAAUGCUGCAAGCCAGGCGAUUCUUGCAGAGCUUUGGGUGUGAUGGGUAUAAGAUGAAGGAGGAGAAUGGGUGCGUUGUGACUUGCUGGCAAGAUCGGCCAUUGUUCUCUGUGUCAGCUUGGAGAUGUAGGAAGUGAGAGCCAUUGUUGAUGGUUUAGAGUUUAUGGAAACUGGAAACUGGAAACUGUGAUUGACUUGAUAAGUAGUAGAGAGAUAUAGUCUAUGUUCUUGAAUCUUGAUUCAUUCUUUUGUGUUUUGUAAUGUGCGUGUUAGUUUUGAUGUUGUAGUUUGGGAUUUUUGGUUCUUUGCCUUUCACUUUCCAGUUUCCACUGGUUUUAUUUAGCAAUAACAAUCAAAGCCUAAUUCCCAUUGAUCUUUCUACCUA